AUGGAGGUCCUAAAGGAGACCGCGUGUGGUGCGAUGGAUGGAACAAGCUGGGCGAUCUCAAACGUUGAAUUCUGUACUAGCGCAGCUGCAUCCAGACUCUAUAUCUAUGACAUGGUUCAUUUUGGUCAUGCUAACCAGCUUCGUCAGGCUAAACAAUUCGGAAAGAAGUUAAUAGUUGGUGUACACAAUGAUGAAGAGAUAUCGCUCCAUAAAGGACCUCCCGUUUUCAAUGAACAAGAACGCUAUCGUAUGGUGGAGGGUAUUAAAUGGGUUGAUGAGGUUGUUGAGGAUGCUCCCUAUGUUACAACUGUCGAGACAUUAAAUCGCUACGACUGCGACUUCUGUGUUCAUGGAGAUGACAUCACGCUUACAGCGGAUGGCAAAGACACCUAUGAAGAAGUGAAAAAAGCGAAACGUUACCGUGAAUGCAAAAGAACCGCUGGAGUUUCAACGACAGAUUUGGUCGGAAGAAUGCUUCUUCUCACAAAAUGUCAUCAUGUAUCCGAAGAACAUAUGGAUGAACAUCGGGAGAGGGCACGGACUCUAAGCACGGAUAGUGUGGCACAAUCGCCGUGGACGCGCGUUUCGCGCUUUAUGGCGACGACUCAAACGAUAAUCGAAUUCGCUGAAGGAAGAGCUCCAAGGCCAACGGAUAAGAUAGUGUACGUAUGUGGAGCAUUCGAUCUUUUCCAUAUCGGUCAUCUAUCUUUUCUAGAAGAAGCAGCUAAACUAGGCGAUUACCUUAUUGUUGGCAUUCUUACGGAUCAGGUCAUUAAUGAAUACAAAGGAAGUAAUCACCCAAUAAUGUCACUUCAUGAGAGAGUUCUUAGUGUUCUAGCGUACAAGCCGGUCAAUGAGGUCGUCAUUGGAGCUCCCUACUGUGUCACUGACGAUAUUAUUGAUCGAUUCAACAUUUCUGUUGUUUGUCAAGGUAGUCGUGUUCCUCAUCACGAUCAUUCUGGUUCCGACCCGUUUGAGGCGCCAAAGAGAAGAGGAAUCUACUGUGAGGUGGACUCAAAAAGCGAUAUGACAACGGAAAAAAUAAUCGAGAGAAUAAUAGAGCAUAGAUUGGAGUUUGAGAGAAGAAAUCGAAAAAAGGAGAAGAAAGAAGAGGCUGCAUUCGCUGCACUCCAAAAACUUUCAUUGAACGGAAAUGUGGAUACAAGGAAUACAGUGAACAUAGUUUGA